CUUUGACGUCACAUGCUUUAUUUCGAUAAAAUAGUAAUCAUAACCUCAAAUUAGAAAAUGUACAAUGAUACACAUACACUAUUUACGUGAGAAUUUUUGAAUGACAAUACAAUAAGUUUUAGUGUGAUUAUCUAUUUAUUUAGAUUUAUUUCUAUCGAAUCUAUUUUUGUAUUCGCGCGACUAUGACGUUCGAUAAUGAAAAUGAAGGGAAAAAAGAUGAAAAUGUUAGCCAAAGCCAAGAAGUAAACUCGAAUAAUGAAGAUCUAUGGGGAUUUGAUAUGUAUCCAGAAAGAAGAGGAGGAAAAAUUCAGCGUAGUUGGUUUAAGACAUUAAUGGGAGCUCAAGGACGUGAAUCAACGGAUAAAAAUCGAUGCGAACGCAAUGUUUAUACGUGUAUAAAAGAAAGUCCUAUAGUAAAACUCAUGAUGGGCGCAUUGAGAAGUUCUGGAUGUAAAACUCAUGAUGGGCGCAUUGAGAAACACAUUUCUUGCGAAGUGUGUAAUCCAAUUGUAACUGGUGGAUAUGAUUCAGAAUUUAAUCAGAUAGUUAUUUGUCAAAAUUCGGCGUAUAGUGAAAACAUGGUUCGAGCAGUUCUUCUACAUGAAAUGAUUCAUAUGUUUGACUACUGCCGUAAUAAGUUAGAUAUGAAAAAUAUUGAUCAUCUAGCCUGUACAGAAAUUAGAGCAGCAAAUCUUGCACACUGUAGUUUUAUGAGUUCUUUGUUUCAAGGCGAUUCAUCUUUUAUUAAUAUAAAAGCAACACAUCAGGAUUGUGUAAAACACAAAGCACGACUGUCAAUAAUGGGUGUGCACAAAGUAUCAAAAGAAGUCGCAGACGCAGCUAUAGAAAGAGUGUUUAAAAAGUGUUAUAAUGAUUUAGAACCAAUUGGCAGAAGAAUUCGUAGAAAUUCAUUUGAUAUGCCGAGAGCACAUGCAGAAGCACAUUUAUAUGGAUAUGACAUGUAA